AUGUCGGAGGAUAUCCAAGGCCCCGGCCUCCUUUUCGUCAACUCCAAGAUCAUUCGUCCGGAUCUCAUAGACGAGGAGUCGUUCUUCAAGUGGUACGAUGAAGACCACAUUGCAGAGAUUCUCGCAACGAGCGGUAUCCAGUCCGCCUUUCGCUUCUUCGACGUCAACAUCGGUAGUGUCGAUCGGCCGUAUCUGGCCAUGUACCCGAUGAAAGAUGUUGGAUUCACGCAAACCGAGGAGUUCCGCAAUAUCAAUGUCUCCAGCGACAUGCUUCCGAACGGCGGCCCCAUCUACGACCUGGCAGACUUUGACGUACGGUACUACAAAUUGGUCCAGGUCUUUGAUCCUACGAGAAAGGGCAAGGGUAUCGUGAAAACGAUCAUAGCAGCUCAGUACGAGCUGGGAGAGCUCACCGAAGAUGAGUUUGACAGCUGGUACAGGCAAGAGCAUCUUGAUCAGUUGGCCGCUGUGCCAGGAUAUCUACGAACAACCAGGUUCAAGCUCGCCUUUGCUCGGUCCAACGCGCAGUCCCGCGCGUUGAAAGGCUUGUCCACGAAUGACGAGCCACCCCCGCAACCGCCAAAGUGGCUGGCAGUUCACGAAUUUGAGUCUGAAGAAGUAGACCUGGUGUCACUCAGACAGCUGACUGAUACGGAGUGGACUCGUAAGAUCAACAGUGUUUCGAAAACGCGCGUAUUUCCAGUGUUCAACAUCGCCAAGGCUCAUGGCACAGGUUACUGGUUUCAUGAUGUCGCUGAAUAG